AUGGAUCUUUAUGCAGAAUUAAAAGAAUGCAAACGUCAAAAGGAUGAUGGUGAAAUCGAUGACAACGAAUUUAACAAGCAAAAAAGAUUGCUAAUAAGAAAAUGGACCAAAUCAAAAGAAACCAAAAAAACUGAACAUUCGCAUGUUAUUAACGAACCAAAGGCAACAGACUUAUAUGCUGUCCUUCAGCUAAAAUAUGAUGCAACUGAGGCCGAAAUUAAAUCAAGCUACAAGAAACAUGCUCUGAAGUACCACCCCGACAAGAAUGGCGGUAUUAGGACUGAAGAGUGGGAUAAGUUUUCAAAGGCAUAUGAAAUCCUCUCGGAUAGUGAUAGACGCUUUCUUUAUGAUAACUACGGAACGAUAAAUAAUUCCUUAGGUGGUAAGGCGUCAUUAAAUCACUGUUUAGGAGGAGAACCUUGGCAACCCUAUAUCGGUGAAGUGGAACUUGGUCUCUGGCUGUACUCAUUUAUGGAUAAUAAGAACUCACCUGAACUAGAAAACCUAAAUUCAGCUGAGCAAAAAGCUCGUCGUCACAAUAUUCGUCUAUCCAGCAUUACUAAUUAUCUACAAAACAAACUUUCUCAAUUUCCAAAAAAUGAAUCAGAGCUUGAUUCAUUUGUAAAAAUGUUGUAUCAAGAAUCCCAAAUACUUAUCGCAGAACCUAAUGGCAAAGUGCUAUUAUCUUGUUUAGGCAAUAUCUACACAACUAAGGCCAAUGCCUAUCUACACAGGUCAGGCUAUUCAAGUACAGGUCCUAUAUUAAGUAUUCUUGCAUUUAUGGCGAUAAGCUUGAUUUCUGGCCUUGAACUUACAACAGGCGUGAUUCCUAUUUUAGGCUUUGGAUGCGUGGUUUCUGGUUUUGUAGCAAAUAAAACUAAAAAACUUGAUUUUACGAAAGGCGUGAUUUCUAGUUUUAUAGAAAUUCAAAGUAAAGGCGGAGCUUCAAACAUGGGCAUAGAAGAGAUCUAUCGAAUAUUUUGGCGGCUUUCACGAUCAGAAAUAUCCUCAAUUGUAGCUGAGAGCUGUGAUAAAAUUUUGACUAGUGACAGUGAAGACAACAAACAUAUUGCCAAUUCGCUAUAUGCCUUGGGGAAAGUGUGGUUAAAUACAGUAUCAGUAUAUAGUUAG